AUGUUUGCACUCAGCGAUGUUGCAAGAUUUGAAGGUGAAAAAGAAAAAUGCAAGAUAGUCAAAACAUUAUGGGAUGUCCUUACAGAUUAUCUUGUGAUGUUCUUGCUUAUGUUGUCUGUAUUAUUCGCAGGUAUGGAGAUUACUUUGGGUGGUUUUGAAUGUUUGGCUGCUGUUGAUUGUCCAGGUAUAUCGAGAUCAAACACGAGCAGCUCCUUGUUCUCACAUAAUACAAACCGUAAUGUUUGUGAAGCAUUUUACGCCUCUCAGACAACCAACAUAAUAAAAAGAACAGAUGUCUUGACGGACCUCAGUCUGCCAUAUGCUAAAUUUGUCAAUUCGAAAUGCAGUAAAAGUGCUAUUCCAGAUUUUCUUUCCUAUUUGUCGAUUGUGUUGUUUUUUCAAGCAUUUUUUCUUAUCGUACUUGAUAACAUGUGGCUUAAACUCCCUACGACUGCGUCAGUUAUUGAACAUUUUGCAACCCUUGUGAUUGCAUGUUAUAAUUCACCAUACCAAAUUUUCGAAUCAACACAAGCUGUGUCGAAAAUUCCUGUAUCAAGAAGACAAUGGGCGGAUGAUCCGGAGCAAAACGGCCAAGAUAUCAACAGAAAACCUAUUUCGGACAGAAACAACGAUAUUUUGGAUGAUCCUGCAACUCUCGCUGCGGUUCAAACUUUGUACGAGAAGGUACAGUUACUCAAGAAAACUACUACUAAAACCUCUAAAAUUUGGCGGCUCUAUUUGGUUCAAGCUAUACUUCAAGCUUUAUCUACCUUCACAUUCAUCUUAAUUGAUAGUUUCCACAUCAAGCACUUAAAAGAGACAAUGACCUGUUCAAUUACUCAAUACAUCCCUGUUCCUCAUGACUAUUUUGUUUGUUCACAUAGCCUUGCACUUGCAUUUACUUACGGAUUGUAUUUGUAUAUUAUAAUACUGGGGGUUAGCUUUGUUAUUUUUGCAGUUAUCAUUAUUUGGACAGUUUUCAAAGUAGUUAACAACGAAUGUACAUAUACGUUAGAGAAUGAGCAGGUCAAAACUGUAGCAGAUAUUCCUGCUGUGAAGAAAGAUUUGGGUUUUCUUCUACACUUACUACAUUCCUAUAAUUACUUCUAUGUACACCGAUUGGUACCCUUUUUGUCGGAAAGCAACAAAAAGAAAAUUACAGCAUACAGUUUGAUGCAAAAGCACCCUGUUUCGAAACUACAAAUACAACUGAAUGAGAAUGGGAAUAAACUAACCUUUAUUAACUGUCAAGGAAUACCACAGACCAUAUUUGAACUGGCCACAGAAAUUGUAGUACUUGAAUUGAUAGAAUGUAGUGAACCGCUGGAAAAGGAUGACUUCAACAAUUUUUCCAAGCUUACCAGCCUGAGGGAGUUAUCAGUUGUUAAAUGUGGUCUCGACUCCAUUCCUGAGGGUAUUUUGAAAAUUGAAUGGUUGGAAGUACUUAAUCUUAAAGGAAAUUCUAUAACAUCAAUUGAAAAAAGCAUCUCUGAAUUAAAAAAUCUGAAUAAGUUAGAUUUAUCAGACAAUGGUCUAAAGACCAUUGUCGGUCGUGAAUCACUAAAAGAACUUGACAGACUUUUUGAAGUCAACCUGUUAGGCAAUCCAAACUUAAACAGAACAGCACUACAAGUUGUACUAGCAUGUAAAAAUUUGGGCAAUUUGCGUUACCCAAAAAUCUCUUCGGACGAACGUAACCAGUUAAAUCAAGAGGAAAAAAAGAGAUUUGAUACUGCUGUGAAAUUUGCUAUGGAAGAAACUUCCGUCAUUCCAUUCACACCGGAGAAUGCUCCUCAUAUUAAUUUAAGAGACAAUGAGGAAAUUUACGAAAUGGAUUCCAAUCCUAUUAAAGGAAUAGCCAUAAUUUUUAACAUGUAUUCAUAUGCAGAAUAUCGUACUCGAGUUGGUAGUGAUAAAGAUGUAGCUAAGUUGAAGUCACUAUUUGAGAAAAUUGGCUUUGAAACCAAAUGUUGUAUAGACUAUAAAGCUGAAAAAGCCACGAAGGUCCUUGAAAAAUGUGCAAAAGACACAAAGUAUAGGAGAUGUGGCUGCAUUGCUGUGAUUGUAAUGUGUCAUGGUAGUGAAAAAGGCCUUAUUUUUCAUGAUGGCGAAACAGUUCCUGUCAUGGAUCUUGUUAAAUGUGUUCAGAAGUCUCAACUUUAUAAUGGAAAGCCAAAAUUAUUUUUCAUUCAAGCUUUCAAUAGAAAUUCCUAUUAUCGUAGUACUUCUACUAGUGCACACCCUCUGACUCCGUCACCUUCAAAUCCAAGCAUAUUCAAUUCCAUAUCUUCUGAUAUUAAUACUGAUAUUAAUACAUCAAGUGAUGAAACAUUGGCACCAAAACAGAUGGUUGGAGCUGGAAUACCAAACCAAGAUCAUAUUGUGUUAUCGUAUUCAGCAGGUCAUAAAUCAUACCGUAACAUUGAAUAUGGUUCGUGGUUUGUGCAAGCCUUAGUCGAGACAUUUUCCAGACAUGCUUGGGAAGAAGAUAUACUAAGUCUGCUUACACUUGUUAACUACAAAGUUGUUCGUGCCUAUACAUCUCGUGGAUGGAGGCAGGUACCAGCUCCUCAAAGUACUUUAAGGAAAAAACUGUAUUUACUUCCAGGUUAUCCAAAGGCACCACCAAAGACACCUACACCACCACCACAGACACCUACACCAUCACCACCAAAGACACCUACACCAUCACCACCAAAGACACCUACACCAUCACCACCAAAGACAUCUACACUGCCACCAAAGACAUCUACACCAUCACCACCAAAGACAUCUACACUGCCACCAAAGACACCUAUAUCACCACCAAAGACACCUACACUACCACCAGGGACACCUACACCACCACCAAAGAAACCUACAGCACCACCACAGCAAUCUGAACCUACAGCACCACAGAAGCUGAGUACAUAUGUAUAA